GUUGCUGAGAAAACGCGUUGCUCUUUUUCUGUGCUCAUUUGGCUCCUUUCGCAUUUUUUCACUAGCGGGGUCUUUUGUACAUUUCCUCUGCUUUUCUCAAAAGUGAAACUGACUCUGGCUUUUGCUCUUGUUGAUUUCUAAGUCCACUCAACUCUCAUUCCAUUUGCAAAGGAGAAAUAACAACUUUGGAGUCAACGGAGCAACAGAUCUGAAGUUGAGAAUCACAGGAAGCUUGCAAAGGCGAUCAGAUCUGAAGCUUGUUUUGACAGGAAACCAUGGCUCUGGAAGUUGUGGGUGGAGCUUUUCUCUCUUCUGCUCUUGCUGUUCUGUUUGAGAGGAUGGCUUCCGGUCCGGUUGUUGACUUCAUCCGAGGAAAGAAGACCACCGCUGGGCUGCUCCAUAAGUUGAAGAUGAAGUUGUUGUUGGUUAAUAACUUUCUCGAUGAUGCAGAGGAGAAGCAACUCAGAAACUCUAGAGUCAGGGAUUGGCUUAAUGAGCUUAAAGAUGUUAUCUUUCAUGCCGAUGACCUGUUGGAUGACAUCAAGACUGAAGCUCUGCGUUGCAAGAUGGAAGAAGAAGAUUCUGGAAGAAGCCGCAUAAAUCAGGUGUUAAGGAGACUCAAGUUUAGUUCUAUUUCCAUUCAUAAAUUUGACAAAAGUCUGGAACCCAGGAUAAGGGAUAUUCUUGACAGACUGCAACUUAUUGUCGACGGAAAAGAUGUGCUUGAUUUGAAAGAAGGUUUUAAGGAUAGACCACAAGGACUGCUUACGACUUCUUUGGUAGAAGAGUCUAGUGUAUUUGGACGCGAUGAAGAAAAGGAGGCCAUCAUCAAGUUAUUGUUAGCGGAUGGUAUGACUGGAAAUAAGAUAGAUGUGCUUCCAAUUGUGGGCAUGGGUGGGCUUGGAAAGACCACUAUUGCUCAACUCGCAUACAACGAUGACAGAGUCAAGCGACAUUUUGAGUAUCAAUCAUGGUCUUGUGUUUCAGUAGAAUUUGAUGUUAUCAAAAUAACACAGACAAUUUAUGGGGCGGUCACUUCACAAACUUGUAACAUCACAGAUCUAGACAUGCUUCAAGUUGAACUAAAGAAGGCGUUGUCAGGGAAGAAAUUUCUGUUUGUUCUUGAUGAUGUUUGGAAUGUGAAUUUAAAGAACUGGGAUAGCUUGAGCCGACCCUUUGAGAGUGGAGGUCAUGGAAGUAAGAUCAUUGUCACAACACGGGAUGAAGGUGUCGCACGCAAGAUGGGUACCCUUCAAAGUCAACAUCUAAUGCAACUAACAGAGGAAGACUGCUGGUCGUUGUUCUCAAAACAUGCCUUCUGGAAUGGAAGAGAUCCGUCGCUUGAAGUGAUUGGAAAACAGAUUGUUCAAAAGUGUAAAGGACUCCCUUUAGCUGCAAAAUCACUUGGGGGUCUUUUACGUUCUGAACCAAGUAUUGAAAAUUGGAAAGAAAUAUUGAACAAUGACAUAUGGGAGUUGCGGGAUGAGGAGAAUGACAUUUCGCCUGCUCUAUGGUUGAGCUACCAUUAUCUCCCUCCACAGCUGAAGCGCUGUUUUGCUUACUGUUCCAUAUUUCCUCAAGAUGAUGAGUUUUACAAACCAGAUCUGGUUUUGUUGUGGAUGGCUGAAGAUCUCUUACCGUCGAAAUCGAAUACUACAAUAGAAAAGUUCGGAGAUAAGUGCUUUGAUGAUCUAGUGUCAAGGUCAUUUUUUCAACAUGUACCUAGUCAGUUUUCUGGUGAGGCAGUUUUCACAAUGCAUGACCUUAUCCAUGACUUAGCAAAGUUUGUCUCCGGAGAGUUUUGUGUUAGGUUGGAGGACAAUGACUCAGUGCUGGAAAAUGUUAGCAAGAGUCGUCACUUUUCGUGUGCAACCGGCAGUUUUGAUCAAUGGGACAGUUUGUAUGAAGCGAAGUAUUUGAGGACCUUUCUAGUAUCAGGAUAUAAAUACCAACCUCCCAACUUAGAUUUUGAUAUAUUCUUGAAGCUUCAGUGUUUAAGAGUGCUCAAGUUAUCAAGUUACAAUAUUGGUGAGCUGCCUAGUUCAAUUAGCAAGUUGAAGCAUCUAAGGCACUUGGACUUGUCUGACUCAUCAAUUAAAAAGUUGCCUGAUGCAAUGUGUACUUUAUAUAAUUUACAGACGUUAUUGUUGCGGGCUUGUCAAGCUCUAGUUGAGUUGCCAACUGAUUUGGGAAGAUUAAUAAACUUGCGUCAUCUUGAUAUUCGUGGCACUCCGGGGAUACAAAAGAUGCCACCAAGGAUGGGCAAAAUGAAAGAUCUCCAAACAUUAAGAGGUCGGUUUGUCCUAGACAAAUACACUGGUGAUAACAUUGUGGAGAUUAAAGAGCUUAAGCAGUUGCGCGGAACACUCUGGAUCUCGGGGCUUCACCAUAUUGUGCAUGUCACAGAUGCCAUUAUGAGAAAGAAGAAGCAUCUGGAUGAAUUAGUUUUGGAAUGGGGAGGCAAGUCUGCUGAUGACACCGACGAUACACAAAAACAGAGAGAUGUGCUGGAGAACCUCCAACCUCAUACAAACCUAAAAAAACUCAAGAUUCAAUCUUAUGGGGGCACAAGAUUUCCAGGUUGGUUGGAAGAUCAUUCUAGUUUAUCUAAUCUGGUUCGUCUUCAGCUUCUGGAUUGUGGAAAUUGUUUGUCCUUGCCAUCAGUUGAGCAGCUACCCUCCCUCCAAGAGCUUGAGAUUGAAGGAUUAAUUAAUGGAGUGGUGACUUGGGGUUCCAAGCCUUUUCCAAAUCUUCGUACGCUUCGUCUGAAAUCUUGUCCCGAGGUAACCGGGGCAUUCACGUCAGCCUGCUUCCCAAAGCUUGAAAGCCUCGUAUGGGAGGAUGUGAAUGUAGAAUCUCUUAAUUACCCUUCACUCCUCUCCCUUGUCCGACUUGAAAUAAUUUCAUGCCCCAAUUUUGUUUGUUUUCCCGAUGCGCCCAAUUUGAAGACCUUACUUGUCCAAAAAUGUCCGAAACUGAGGUCAUUGCCACAACACAUGCACAACCUUCUCCCAUCUCUCAGCUACUUGUUGCUAUAUGAUUGUCCAGAAUUGGAAUCAUUUCCCCAAGGGGGAUUGCCGUCUAAGUUGGAAAAGUUGUUCAUCCAGUCUUGCAAGAAACUCGUCAUUGGAAACCGUAUGCAGUGGGGUCUACCAACACUCACCUCUCUCAAAAUCUUGAGCGUCGACUUUAAGGGAUGUGAACAAGUUGUAGAUUCAUUUCCAGACGAGGGGCUGCUGCCCACCACUAUUGAAGAACUCCGCAUCUACAGUAUUUCGAAGCUGGACGGCAAGGGGUUUACACAACUCACCUCUCUUAAAGAGUUGUCAAUUUGCAAUUGCCCUGAACUCCGGUGCUUGCCAGAUGAAGGGCUACCCACUUCUAUUAAUCAUCUGGAGAUCGUUCGUUGUCCUUUACUAGAACAACGUUGCCACAGAGAGACGGGGAAAGAUUGGCCCAAGAUUGCUCACAUCAAGACCAUUUCUAUCAAUUACGAAUAUAUAUGAUAUGCAACGGCUCCAGGUGCUUUGUAAUUCCCUAUUCCACUACUGAGAUAGAAACUUCCAGGGAUCUAUCUUACAACAAGGGCCUGACAGGACCACUCCCAGCAGAAAUUGGGAGUUUGAAGAAGCUAUCUAACAUGUGGGGAAAUACUAUUUUACUUGGAGGCCAACUGUUGAAACUACAAUGCCAUUGUAAAAUCUUGUCAUAAAAUUGCUUGCUUGGGUCCAUUGCAGAAUUCCGGUUGGUUGCAGCUUCUCUGGUCUCAUCCCUCCUACUGUAGGGUCCCUACAGGAGCUAGUAUAUAUGUCUCUGAACUCUGGGAGGAUACCAUCUUCUAUUGGUAGUCUGUCUAGACUAUAUUGGCUGGAUCUAGCUGACAACA